AUGUCGCAGGCAAACAGUGUUUCAGUAGACAAUGUCCGUCAUAGAUCAGCACGGGCAGUGGAAUAUUACAAACAGCGAGUGUUGCCCAUCUAUCAGGAUAAACGUGACCAAUCCCCCUCUUCACGCCAAAGGCACCACUAUGGGUCAGAGGACAACCUGAAUGGUCUCCACCCUUCAGAAAGCAAGGGAGGAGGCGGGGACAAAGAAAGACGUGUUGGAUUCAAGGAUGUAGCAGAAAAUAAUGUCACCUCACAUAACGGAGAUGGCUGGCUUGUUAGGGGUGGUCAUCGUGCCACAUUUCAUGGAACUCAUUCCAAUUCAUCAUGGAAUAAAGGUAGCGGAAGAAGUGAAGCAUCAACAAGGGGGGAUAACUCUCAUUCAAAAUCUGUCCCAAAGCCAAAACAGACUCCAGAAAGUAGUGUGAUGAGUAGUAGUGCAAGUAGUGGUAGUUCUUCUACGAAGCGAUUCAGUAGAGGAUUGUAUCGGAGUAACAGUAAUCUGGAGAUGGAUAGUAUCGAGUACAUAGAUGCUGAUGAUGUGCACAAUCGUAGUAUACAUAGGGACUAUGGGAGUACCUCUUCCCUCGACAUCAUGGGUACAAGCACCAGUAGUGACAGCUUCUUUGCUAUGUUAAAAGACUUUAAGGAUGUGAAUAUUGAUCAGCGUAGUCCUGCUCCAGCCAAAUUAAGUGAGUUUUUAAGAGGUGGGUUUGAUAUAAAAGCCAACAAUAUUAGAGACCGACAUUUUGAAAAGACCACAAAUGGAAGUGUUCCAAUAGAUAAAGUGGUCGGAGAGGAUGAAGUUGAUAGUCCUAGAACAAAAUCAAAAUUCAAACAUAAGGACAGGAAAUCUAGGGCAAAGUCAAUAACGGCAGAAACGAGGCCGCAAGGGCUGUUAAAUAAGCUUCGAGGUAAGACAGAUGUGGAAUCUGGGGCAAAGACUCCAGAAAAUAUUGACAUUGACCUACGUGCAGAAGAAAGGUUAAGGUGCAAGGCCAUUAACCACUAUGACUGCCAGAGUUUGGGAUUUAGCAUUCAGGACGCGGUGGACAAGCAGCAUCAGGCCCUUACAGCCAAAAACAUAUCAACUGGGGCAUCUGCUGCUUCUGCUAAUCGCAACAGUUUGGCUGCUGACAAAGAUGCACCAGACAUCUUGGAAGAAACAGACGAUGGUGACAAUAAGAGCAAUGGUCUUGUUCUAAGUUGUCCAUUUUUCCGUAAUGAGACAGGAGGGGAAGAGGAAAGAACUAUAAGUCUGGGCAAGACUACUGUGUCGAAAAGUCCCUCUCUUCCCAACACGUCCCAAAGUGCAAUAAAUGCCAUACCAAGUCGCUCUCCAGCCUGUUGUGGCUUAUCAAUACUCGACUCAGCCCCGACACCAACUGGACUAAUACUUCCCCACGUGGUGUUACAUAGGGGUCAUGUGAUAGAAGGGGAUGACUGUGGCGCCACCUACUAUCGUCACUUUUUCUAUGGAUAUGACCACCAGAACUACUUUGGAAUAGAUGAAAACCUGGGUCCAGUGGCAGUCAGUCUUAGACGGGAAAAGUUGGAGGAUCGAGAGAACAACUUAGGGAAAGCUGAAUAUGGCCAGUACCAGUACAGAAUUAUCUUCAGGACAAGUCAGUUGGUUACCUUGAGGGGGUCAGUGUUGGAGGAUGCUAUCCCAUCGUCAGGGGGUCGGCUGAGCAGCUCUCGUGGAAUUCCAAUCAAAGAUAUCCUGGAUUUUGCCCUUCCAGAGCUCCAGGCUUCCUGUCUGAAACAAUCACUAUCUAGUCAGAAAACUUCCGACCAGCUACUCAAGUUGGACGAACAAGGGGUAUCAAAAACGCACAAAAUUGGAGUGAUGUAUUGUAGAAGUGGUCAGUCCACAGAGGAGGAGAUGUACAACAAUGAAACUUCUGGACCAGCAUUUGAGGAAUUCUUGAAUUGUAUUGCCCAGAAAGUGAGGUUAAAAGGAUUUGAGAAAUAUAGGGCCCAAUUAGACAACAAAACUGAUUCUACAGGAACCCAUUCCUAUUAUGCAACCUUUAGUACUUGUGAGAUCAUGUUCCAUGUGUCAACACUCCUCCCGUUCACACCUAGUAAUAAACAACAGUUGCUACGUAAACGCCACAUAGGAAACGAUAUUGUAACCAUCGUGUUUCAAGAACCUGGAGCGUUGCCAUUUACUCCAAAAGUUGUGCGGUCCCAGUUUCAACAUGCUUUCAUCAUUGUUCGCUGUCACAAACCCUGUACUGAAAAUGUCCAUUACAGUGUUGCUGUUUCUCGAUCCAAAGAUGUCCCUCCUUUUGGUCCUCAUAUACCAGAAAAUGCCUUCUUUAGUAAAUCCCAAGAUUUUGCAGACUUUUUGUUGGCAAAAUUAAUAAAUGCAGAACAUGCUGCCCACAAGUCUGAGAAGUUCCUAGCGAUGGCCACAAGGACACGAACAGAAUACCUCAAAGAUUUAGCCCUGAAUCAUGUUACGUCCAACACUCCUGAUACCGGCUCCAAACUCAGUAAAUUUGGACUCGGCAGCGGUAAAAAGCGAGAGAAGAGUAAACAGAAAGUCAUCCCCGACAUGUUCUCUAGUGGUGCCAUCUCGUGGAGUAUUGUUGCUGAAGACUUUGGCCAAUCCACCCAGGUAGACAGUAUACUAGGUAUCUCUGACGAAGUGCUGGUCAUCACGGAGGAGAGCAGUAAACUGGUCAUCUUUACUGUCCACUGUGGAGCUAUAAUAGGCUGGACGUCUCAGGCCACAAGUGUAAAAGUGUUCUACAAUCAAGGAGAAAGUGUGUUAUUUAAGCCCCAGAGUGGAGAGAUGGAGGAAAUUAGUGAGAUCUGUACCAGGCUGUCGGCUGUUUCCCAGGGCUGUGAGACAUUAGAUAUGACAUUACGGCGCAAUGGUCUAGGUCAGCUUGGCUUCCACAUACAGACCGAAGGAAUUGUUACGGAUGUGGAGCAUCGUGGGUUCGCCUGGGAGGCAGGCCUCAGGAAAGGCAGCCGAUUGGUUGAGAUCUGCAAAAUAUCAUCAGCAACAUUAACUCAUGAACAGAUGGUUGAUCUACUGAGGACUUCUGUCACUGUCAAGGUGGUAGUGAUUCACCCGCUGGAUGACGGGACCCCCAGGGGUGUUGCUACACUUCACACUAACUGCCACUACUCCUCCCUGACCACCCUCAAUGCUGCCAUGCAAGCCAAUGAGCAUGUGCAACAGCGUCAGAAAGAGGCUUCUACAAACUUCAGCAAGUCUACCGAGUACAUUCCAAAGACGGGACGAGAAACACCGACAAGGAAGUCUGCAAAUUCUGACGAUUUUCUGUUUACGGACUCAUCAUCAAUCAAUCUAGCAGGAUCACUGGAUCAUAUACACUUGCGAGGGGAAGCUUCAAAAAUUAUUUCAACUGUGACAGAACACAACUUGCUCCACCAGAGGGAGCUUUCACGAGUUUCCUCUAGCUCCAAUGAGUCUUACCACCUGCGGGAAAUAUCACUCUCCACUGAAGCUGUUGCUAAGGAGCAGAGACGGGACUCUCGCAUUUCCAGCAGCUCUAGUGAACAGGGGCCAGCUAGUCCACCCAUCCAUACAGAAAAUACCAAAAUGAUAUACGAGACACAGAGGGGCUGCCUCACACUACCCCUACAGAAAAAGUCAGCACAGUCUAGAGGUGACAUGAGAGCAUCCCCCCUGAAGGGUCUUAGCCCCAAGUACCGCGAGUUCCGCCAAGGUAUCUCUAACAUAACUACUGGUGGGCCAGGGCUACACCAUGCCUUUACAGAACCCAUUCUUUCUAAAUCUUCUGUUGACGAAGGCUAUGGCACGUCACGACAUGGCUCCGACUUGUCCACACGAACUGAUGAUAUUCGACAUGAACGCACAGGGUCCAAGGACAAUGGGGACUAUGCUCUGAUUGGCGUUUAUGUGGAGCUCGACAGACUCGGGUUUUUCUCAGGUGCUAGUGCAAAACAGUGGAAUAGUGCUUCAGCAAGACAAAACCAGGGCGUGUCUCGAAGAUGGAAUGAAUCAAACUCCAGUGGGGACUCCAGCAACUACGGAGGCAGUUAUAUACACUUAUCUGAUAGUACUCCCAGUGUGACCUCUGGACCAACUUCAUCACAAGGUCAAGGGCAGAGUAACACCACCUAUCAGGUACCCAAGAAAAGUGCGACUCCAUCAGACAUUGAGGCUGCAGUAGCUGCAGUUAAACAUGGCAACUUUUCACUUGAGCUGCUGAAACAGUCGCAAAACACAAAGUUCUUGUUGAGUCAAGGUCAAGCAGGAGUUGGUCAAGCAGAACGUAGUACUGGUAAUUCUCAGAGCUCUAGUGUCAAUCUCAGUGACACAUCUUUCUCCAGCGGGUCAAGUCACAACUCCGCCAACGCUCUUCUUAGCAAUCGAGGGCAAGGUCAAGGUCCAAGUGACCAUACAACUGCAGGGUACAACAAAUUGUCAUUAGAAGAUACCAACAGGAAAAGGGCAGACUCGGCCUCAACAAAUAGUAAAGGGCGGCCAGCCGGGCUUUUACAGGGUCGUCACCAGUUACAGUCCUCCUCACCACUCAGUAGCGAGAACAGUAGUCCCCGAUCAUCUCACAAAAAUCUCUCAGGAAUGUCUUCAGAAGAAUCUCUUAACACACGUCUACGACCAGGUGUGACGACAAAAUUGUCGCGAGCACAGGCCAACAAUAAUCUUGAAGAGGAGCUCAUGAGACUUAUAGACCCUGAUAUCACCAACACAGAGUUACGGGGUGUCAUGUUGAAUGCAGGUAUGAAACCAAAAACUGCAAAACUGAAAAGGACUAUGUCAGAGGAGAGCUUACAUAGCCUGAAGGGUGCAACAUUGUCUAGUUCUCUAGACACUAACUUGACGGAUGUGAUCUUCUCCACCACCACACCCUCUUACAAACAAGACAAGGCCAGGAGAAUGUCACCAGGCGAAAGCUCAGUGUUAGACAGUCUGACCAAAGCUACAGUAAAACCUGGAGCUAAUGUUCCCCUGCCGGAUUCCACUGCUGGCCUGGAGUGGUCAAGUCUGGUCAAUGUUGCCACAAAAGCCAUAGAAGGAACAGGUACAGAAGGGAAAGGUGCAAAAGCCAAGGUGCCAUCUACUAUAGAUGUAAAAGAGGAAAAGACAGUGAAAGAAUCAACAAAGAAAUCUGUCCUCACCUCCACCACCUGUCCCACCAACUACAGCUCUAAUACCCCAGUAUGGAGACCUGUAGUGCCAAACCCACAGCAACGAAUCACAGAGCUGGAGAAUAAGGUAGCACAGCUGGAGCAUGAUCUCAACAAGGAAAAACAAGAGAAUGCAGAAUUAGAAGCAGAGGUACAAGAAUUAAAACAUGAAAAUGUUCGACUACAGGAGGAGUCACAGACUGCUGCUGCUCAGCUACGCAAGUUUACUGAGUGGUUCUUCAACACCAUUGAUCGACAGAAUCCCUGAAAAGAUUGUAGGGGAAAUUCCUCACUGACUUCAGUCAAAUGUUUACAGGGCAUGAAGCAGCACUUCAAACUAAUGCCAAGGAGUAUAAAGACUGGGUUUAAAAACCAAAUGAAACUGAAAUUUGUAGAUUUAUGAGUGGAUGUUGAUUAACUCAACACUAAGAAAAGGGAAACUGACUCUGCUUGUUACAAGUGAGACAAAUAAUUGAAGUAAUUGAACUUGAGCUUGCCAGUAACUGCAUAGAUCAUAGUUGAUAUGGACCUGAAAAAGUCUAGCAAUAAACUGAGGGAUUGCCUCAUAAAUCUUUUAUGUAAAUCAAUUUGCAGGAUUCAAAUGUUCUGUGGCAUUGAUGCCCCAAGUGCUGGAAUGACUUUGUCCUCCAUAUUGAUUGUGAGAGAUGGAAAGAAUUCCUGUUUAGAGAGAUACAUGUAUAAAGUGAGAGUUACUGACAAAGUUUCCAAUAUCUCUGGAGAGUAACUUAAAUGGCAGCUGCAUUACAAGCAAAUGUAAUUUUGAUUUAAGGGAGAUAACUCUGCAGAGAAAUACAAGAUAACUCUGUAGAGAGGUACAAUAAUCCAGAUAAAUGUUUAUUUUGGCAACAAGUUAUAUUUUUGGAAAGAUCAAAAAAAAAUUAUUACAUGGAUACAGUGAAAUAAACAGUUUGAUUUUAUGGGCGUCAUCAGAUUCAAUGACAGGAAACAACUAAGUUUGACAGAAAGGACCAUGGAAAGGUCAUUUAAUUUUUAGUUGAAUCUCGUUAUGAAUUGAUGUGAAAUAUUUCAAUAUUAAUGACUUUAUUGUUUAAUGAAUUGUCGUAUUCAGCACACUUAUCAUUAUUUACAUUAUUUUCACAGUGAACAAAACAAUGUAAUUGAUUUCAAAAGGAGACCAAUCCAACAUGCCAUCUAAAUGAUGAUGUUUUCUUAGAACAUACUUGAAGUUAAAAUACCAGUAAUAGUCUGGAUGAUUUAAAGUAGUGAGUUAAUAAUUUUUUUUUUUUUUUGUGAAUUUUAUUUGAAAAUGUCGAUGGUCACGUCAAAUGUUUAUAAAUGUUGAAGAUUUUUUUGCACUUGUAUACUUAAACCCCCCAAAACCAUUAGACUUUGUAUACCAAAAGCAUACAUUUGUAUAUGCAAAAUUUAUCUCUGUAAUGAUUGAACUGUGACUUCACUGUAGCUGAAUGGUGGUAACUGGUAGUGUUCAAAAUGUUGGGAUUAAGAAAGAAAACAUUUACUUAAUGUCAAAACUUAUUCCUGUGCCACAUUUGUUUUAACUUUGUAAUCCAAUUUUAGUGAAACACAAAACCUUUAUGCAUGUGUUUGUUACACUUUGAUAAAACAUGUUUGUGUGUAGAAAUUUGGGGGAAAUAUGAAGAUUUUAUUUUAUGUAUGAUCCAAAGAGAUGAAAAUGUUGCAUAAGUGCAGUGUAUUUAUAGUUUUAACCAAUAAAAACUAUGGUGUGCUAAAAUGUGUCUGAAUUACUGUAAAUCAUUAAUUUAAAUGGAAAGUUUAUUGUCAUUGAACUUGCAGGUACUCCUUUAUUCGUGAAUUCAUAAUUUCACAAAUUGAUAAAUUUGACCGAAUCUUCUUGUACACAUAUCAUUGGAUUUAUUCACUAAACAUCUAGUUCUUGGAAAACUAUAAAACAGGAGUCACACAAAAAUAAAGGAUUUCACAACACAGUCAUUAGCAACACACCCAUUAUUACAAGCUGCACUGUACCUGUAUGCACAGAUAUCACAUCCUGGAAUAAAGCUAAGAUUCAGUCAUACAUUGUUAUAAUGUGGUUUGAUUAAUCUACUUAAAUGAUUUUAACACCUUGCCAUCAUUUGUGUGUAAUUAUGCAAUUUUUUAGCGUUUUUUUAUCAGUGCAAUGAAACUAUUGUAGUCCCAUCCUACUGAAAGUAACCCUGUACAUCCUGCUGCCGAAAUUCAUGUUUAAUUACCUCUUACAACAAUACUUAUCCAUUUCUAUUAUUUGAUAACCAUGACCUUUUUCACAAUGACAAACCAUUGCUGUGUUGUUUUACUGGUCUGUGAUGUUUUUAUUUUUUUUAUCUAAGUUUCAAAUUCUGUACUAGAUGUCUGGAAACAAAUAUUGUAUGGAGAGUGGUUGAUGAAUUAAUGAUAAGUCACUUAAGGACAGUCUUUAUGUAGAGAUUGUGUUCUAGAAUUAAAUGGAAAGACUAGAGUGAAUAAACCUGAUUAUAAAUCUAGAGAAAUAGCAGGGUACCACCAUAUCAUUGUUUCCAUGGAUAUCCUAAGGACAGUUUGACAAGUUUCUUAUCUGCAAUACUGAUGGAACUCCUGGUAAAUGUUACUGAACACUAAACAGGAGGAAGGGUCCAAUUAUCAAGCUGAUUUUUCUUUCUACUUCACAAGAAAAUGUUUUUGUUAAACAUUGUUCCAGUACGUGGUUGAUUUCUACAUUUCUAUUGUACUAUGUAAAACAUUAAUACUAUAGCAUCGAUUACCAGCAGGACAUUUCAGACUUCUCAUAUCCUUUUGUCAUAUUUGUGUGAAGAUUUCUGUCAUAUGUAAAUAGUCUUAUCUUAUUAUAAUUCCUAUAUCUUAUGUUUUGUAUAAAACUUACUUUUAUAAUACUCAAUAUCAUGGAUUUGUGAUGGUGUCAGUUGUGGAAGAGUAGUUGUUUUUCCCUGAAUGCGAUAUGAAUGAACGAGUCCAAUUAUCUUGGUGGUUCCAUUUCUCUUUAUUAUACUAUUAAAUAUCAUGGUGAAAUUUCUACACAUUUCUCACCCAUUUAUACUAUAAUGUAUAUUUGUGAGAAUUAUAUAAAUCAAUAAUAAUAGGGGUCCUAUUUGCUACAAUAUGGUAUUGUACACAUUUUAUGAGAACGUUUUUGUACAUCCCAGUGAUGCUGAAAAAUUAUAUUUUUGGAUUUGAUAAUCAGAAUUUAAUGAGCAGAAAUAACUUGAAGUGAAACUUCAUUUUAUCUGGAAUAUCUUUUUUGAGGCUAUUCAAUUUGGUGGAUUAAGAACGUUCUACUUUACAUUAUAUCUUGAUUCCAAGUAUAAGUCUCGGAGAUAGCAUUAUCUGAAGGCCAAGCCAGCAUGCAGCAUUUAAUCUUGUCCACAUAUAUAUACAUAUCUCUUUUAUUUCUGACCUCAUUCAUAUUGUGUACAUAAACAUACCUAGGGCUAAACAUAGAUAUAGUUAGAUAUCUCCAAACUUGCAUUUGAACAUAGCAUUAAUUUAUUGUAAAGACAAUACAAACAUUCUCAUUUUAUUUAUUGUAUAGAAGAGUUUAUUUCACUAUCAAUUUUCAUUUUCUUGUAUAUAGUGUACUUAUUGACAGAACAUAUAGUCCUAUAUAUGAUAUAGACACAUAUGAAAGUAAGUGAUGAAUAAAAAUAUCAAGAAACAA